AGCUAGCCUGUCGGGACACUACCCUGUCACUAGACGAACUAAUCGACAUGUCCAUUCGUCUUGAUAAUCUGCUGGCUGCGCGCGGGCGUCCAGACGGGGCCCUGUUGGUUCCACCUCCAGGUCCUCCAGCUCCCAUACCUAUGGAGCUAGGGGGGGCCGCGUCCAGGGGAACCGGAGGAGGAGGCUCCCCUUGUAUCCAGUGUGGUCAGAGAGGACACACUACCGACCGGUGCUGGGGGAGCUCCUCUGGGAAUCGGGAUGGCAGGCGGAGCACUCCUCAUCCAUCUCAGGCCGGUGGUGGCUGGUCCCAUGCAGGAAGGUGAGGUGCCGGAGGUUCCUCCCCCCC